AUGAAUUUUGGUAAUCGUGCGCCAACUAUUGUUGUAUUGAAGGAAGGUACUGAUGCUUCCCAAGGUAGAGGUCAGAUAAUCUCAAAUAUUAAUGCUUGUAUUGCUGUUCAAGAGACCUUAAAGCCAACUUUAGGUCCAUUGGGUUCUGAUAUUUUGAUUGUUUCCUCGAAUAAGAAAACAACUAUUUCUAAUGAUGGUGCUACAAUUUUGAAAUUAUUAGACGUUGUUCACCCUGCAGCAAAGACUUUAGUCGAUAUUUCAAGAGCUCAAGAUGCAGAAGUUGGUGAUGGUACUACUUCCGUUACUAUACUUGCUGGUGAAUUGAUGAAGGAAGCCAAGCCAUUUUUGGAAGAAGGUAUUUCAUCUCAUAUUAUUAUGAAAGGUUAUAGAAAAGCAGUACAAUUAGCAAUUGAAAAAAUUAAUGAAUUAUCUGUUGAUAUCACUGAAAAUAAAGAAGAUAAUAGAGAGCUUUUGGAAAGAUGUGCCAAAACUGCUAUGACCUCUAAAUUGAUUUAUAACAAUGCUGAUUUCUUUGUUAAAAUGUGUGUUGAUGCAGUAUUAUCUUUAGAUAAAGAUGAUCUUGAUGAAAAAUUAAUUGGUAUUAAGAAAAUUGCCGGUGGUGCCAUGGAAGAUUCUAUGUUUAUCAAUGGUGUUGCUUUCGAAAAAACUUUCUCAUAUGCUGGUUUUGAACAACAACCUAAAAAAUUUGAAAAUCCAAAGAUUUUAAGUUUAAAUGUCGAAUUAGAACUAAAAGCUGAAAAAGAUAAUGCAGAAGUACGUGUCGAACAUGUAGAAGAUUACCAAGCUAUUGUAGAUGCAGAAUGGCAGAUUAUUUUAACCAAAUUAAAAGAAAUUGAAGACACUGGUGCUAGUAUUGUUUUAUCCAAAUUGCCAAUUGGUGAUUUAGCUACUCAAUAUUUUGCUGAUAGAAACAUUUUCUGUGCAGGUAGAGUAGCUACAGAUGAUAUGAACCGUGUCAUUCAAGCCGUGGGUGGUUCUAUUCAAUCCACAACUACUGAUAUUAAACCAGAACACUUAGGCACUUGUGAAUUAUUCGAAGAAAUUCAAAUUGGUUCAUCUCGUUACAACUUAUUCCAAGGUUGUCCAAAAGCCAAAACUUGUACAUUAUUAUUAAGAGGUGGUGCAGAACAAGUCAUUGCAGAAGUAGAGAGAUCUAUACAUGAUGCUAUAAUGAUUGUUAAAAGAGCUUUGCAAAAUAAAUUUGUAGUUGCAGGUGGUGGUGCUAUAGAAAUGGAAGUAUCGAAAUACUUAAGAGAUUACUCAAAAUCUAUUGCCGGUAAGCAACAAUUAAUAAUUAAUGCAUUUGCUAAAGCCUUAGAAGUUAUUCCAAGACAGUUAUGUGAAAAUGCUGGUUUUGAUGCAGUAGAAAUGUUGAACAGAUUAAGAAUGGCUCACAGUAAAGGAGAAAGAUGGUAUGGUAUAGACUUUGAAACUGAGAGUAUUGGUGAUAACUUUUCUAAGUUUGUAUGGGAGCCUGCUCUAGUUAAAAUUAAUGCAUUGAGCAGUGCAACUGAAGCCACAAAUUUGAUAUUAUCCGUUGACGAAACCAUUAAGAACAAAGAAAGCGGAUCAGCUAAUGCUGGUAUGAUGCCUCCACCAGGUGCCGGUAGAGGUAGAGGUAUGCCAAUGCAAUAA